CCGAUGUUGAGUCGACAGGCCGCCUAGCGUAGUACUCGAAGUACUCGACAGCUCGCGAUCAAAGCAAGCGGCAGGAAAAAUGGCGUCGGAUAACGAAGCCUCCUGCGUUAGUGACCCAAAUUUCGCGGUAAUUUGCUCGUUCCUCGAGUGUUUUGGUAAAUCAUGCGGCAUUGAGUACCCGGACAUAGCCUUACUUCAGGAUAUGGUAGAAAACGCCCAGGAAGUACCACAACAGUUGAUAGACCUGCACAUAAAGCUGUUAAGAAAAACGCGCAAGACUGUAUCCGCAGAAAAAUGGGAACGAGCUCUAGUGAAAUUUUGUCAUACAUAUUCAAACCAAGAUGGAUGGGAGCUCGAGCGUUUCGGCUACAAGAAAGCUCGGAUUGCCGUCAAAUUGCGGCUUCUGAAGGUUCUUCUUGAGGCGCAGUUUGACUUGAAUCAAAGGUUCAAAAACGAAGUAAACAAGUUGGCUGCGAGUGAGUUGCGAGUCGAACCUCUUGGUCGAGAUAAGUCUGGCUUAGCUUACUGGUGUCAGCUGGAUGAAGAAUGUAACAUAAGAGUUUACCGCGAAGACUUGGACGAGGAGAGGUGGCAGCUUGUUGCGAAGGAUCGCGACGGGGUGGUCAGUCUGAUUAGCACAUUGACAAAUGGUGAGGCUGGAGAUAUACUAGAAACAGAGGAUAGCAAUAGCCUUGAAAUAUCAGAGAAGCCGAUAAUUGAUACAGGUCAAGUGACAACCUCGCCAAGCGUAGAGGAGGAAAAUAGAGAUAAUAUAGAAGUGGCUGUUGUCGAGGGAAAUGGCAAAGAAGAUGCAGAAAGUUUGGAGGAAGACCUAGAUGAGGAAGAAGAUGAAGAGGAGGAUGAAGAGGAUAAGGAGGAUGACCAAGGUGAAGAAAAAGAGGAAAAUGGAAAGGUGGACGAAGAGGAAGAAGGCGAUGAAGAGGGUGAUGAGGAAGACGUCACAAAUGAAGAAAGUUCACAACAAAAUACAGAAGAUGAUUCUCAAGACAUCAGCAUCCUUUGCACAGAGUCUGGAGUGAAGAGAACAGCGGACUUGGAAAAUCUCUCUAAUCAACCCCAAAAUCAGGCUAUAGUGCCACCCUGUAAAUUAAAUCUCUCUGAAACUGUUCAUUCGAGUAAAAUCAGAUAUUCCGAAGUCUCCGAUAUUCCUAGUCCCACAGAGCCUCGGGGGAAAAUUUAUGUGAGUCAAGAAACCUCAGAACAAGAAGCGAAGAGUGUAGAAUUGAAGCAUAUCGAAACACCAGUGAUAAAAACUUCACCUAUCAAAGUUGUGAAUAUCGCAAAUCUGACCAAACCCGCAGAGGAGAGAAAAUUAGAUCUCAAAGUACCGACGGGAAUAACAUUGACACCUGUGAUGAAGCCAAUUCCACGCGACGAUGUUAAUGAACCGAUAAAAUCUCGUGAAAAUGUACCAGCAAAAAGUAGCAAUGUGUUUUUUUCAUCUGGUGAACCGAUACUGACACAGAACAAAAUAUCGGUAACACCAAUAAACAAGUUGACCGCUAAUCUUUCCAAGCUGCAAUCGGAAAAACUAGAAAAAUUAAGCGGGUCCAAGUCGCUGGAGAAAAUAGCUGAAAAUUUGGCCAGAUCGAGUGGGAUUCAUGGAAUGGUGACUAGUCCAGAAGAAGAUCGUCAAAUACCAGAAUUCUUUUCCAGGUCUCAGACGGACAAGUCCAGAGCAUCUAGGAGUCAGGGAGGAAUGGAUUUAUCCACAUCGCCCAGGGGAUGGGAGAGCAUCACUGAACGCAACAGACCUGUGGAUUUCUCGGGAAUUGAUCUUUCUAGUCGUAAGUCAGUCGGUAGCAAGGGUGCAGAGCUCCCUUCACCUGGUUACAGACCUCAAGAUUUUCAACACAGAGAAAUAGAUUUGAGCACAAAAAAACCGGGUCGACCAGACUUGUCCAGCAUACGUUUUGACGCCAGAACGGCGUCGAGAAAUCACCCUAUUGUCACGGACUUUAGCAAGAGACAAACGCUGCCGCCUCAAUUGCCAUUCACAAACUACGAUCUACCACCGGCCUAUCGUUCCUCGGCAAGGAUGGGAGGCGCGGACGAUCACCGCCUGCCCAACUACAGCAUGGUUCCAGACCUGAGUAAACUCAAUGCAGUUCGGAUGGGUGGUAAACGUCCAUUAGAAGAGGACGACGUACCACAGGACAUAAUAAAAAGGAUUCACGCAGAUGUGAUACCGAUUAGAAGUACCAUCGACAAGCGACAAAUGAUCGGCAACAAUUGGCGAGAUGAAGUAGGCGAAGCGAUCGAGGAACCGGUCAUGAUGGUGCAGGGACAAGGUUCAGGCAGCGAGUGCGACGCAGUGAAUCCUGGGAUUGGAGAAGCUAUCAAUGAGCCUGUGAUGUAUUUUUAUGGGGAAGGCUUAGGAUCGGAGUCGGAAACUGGCAAUCCCGGUGAUGAAACAUCAACGGACAAUGAAGUCAGUAAAGAAUCAAAAAGUGAGCAAAGCAGCUCUUCUUUGUCGAAUUUAAAUUUACCCGAGAGCCAAGUUUUGCCGGAAAUUAGUCCGACGAACGAAGCUUCCAUAGAAGCGGCAACCGAUGAUGCGACCAAUUUACAAGAGAGUCAAAUCGAUGCCCAAACCAACAAGAGUACAACAGAACGUCCCGAGGCUUCAGUUGGGAAAUCUAAAUUCAAACCGACGCUUGGUGUUCAGGUAUUUGUUAAAUCGACUGCUGUUAAUCCCGUGAAAAGGUUGUCAAGAUGGGACGUUGGCAGACCAGUUGAGAAAACCAACACCGAUCAUGAUGUACCCGAUUUACCUGCCGAACAACAAACUUCGAUUAGUGAUACGUUUACCGGUGCUUCACACAAUUCUAAGGAAGACUCGAGUUCUGAUCAAAAUAGAAUGAAAGAGAACACACCGGAAACCAGUAUUAAGUCGGAGACUGUAAUGGGCAUUUCUGAUUACGACAGUGACGCAGUUAAGGACGUGAAAGAUUCAACGUUAUCCAAAAAUGAAACUGAAAGCUGUGAUAUAACUAAGACCGAUGUUUUGGAAUUGGGAAAACCAGAAAAAGCUACUUCGCAAGAAUCGGCGGCAGUCCUUGAGGAAUCAUGCAGGCAUGAAUCAUCAAUAUCAAUAGGUGCUGGACUCAUAAAAGCUAUAUUACCUGGUCUGCUAGCUGUGCCAGGUGCCGAAACAUUGGCUGAAAAGGAUCAUUCGCACGACACGAAUGGUUCAACGAUACAGACAUUUGAGCAAAAAUCUUCCAACAAUGCAGAUCUUCCAAGCGAGACGGACAAUCCUGCCUCGUCUGAGGCGUCACCACCGAGAUUUUUUUUUGGCCCCAAUUGUGUAUCGUAUAAUUUGAAAAACGAUGACAAAAAAGGUAAUCCAGUUAGUGAUGCAGCUUGUAAAAUGAGUGUAUCGCAAUGUGAACAGUUAGAAUUGGUGAGUCAUGUCACACCUUCCGUCUCUGACGUUGCGGAACAUACGGAGAAAGACAGCUUCAACAAAUUGGCCGAAAAUCUAGAUCGAACUGUUAGCAUCGAAAAGACUGUGGAUUCUAUAUGUGGGAGUGAAAGUCUCGACCAAUUAAUUGAUCCACAGGCUGUUUCCGCAGGGGAAAAUAAAAAUCUGGAUGAAAAAAUUAAUGUCGAAUCAGAAAUUGUAGACAGUGAAGAAAAACUUGAGGAGGAUCCUGAUGAAGAGAGUCUUAACAAAGAAAGUUUCUCUGGAGAUGGAACCACGUAUGCCGGUAAAUCGGUAGAUUCUGUAUCAAUGAAUGAGAGGCUUCAACAAUCUGUUGUUUCCGAAGAUGAAACUUCUUCGUGUAGUGCAGUAUCUGGGUAUAAAAGUUUUGGCGAAUUGAAUGUAGCUCAAACUGGAAUUUCGCCCACCGAAGAAUUCACAGAUUCUAUACCAGUUAGUGAAAAUUUUGCAAAAUUAGUUAUUGCGAAUACUGAAACCGAUUGUGUACCUGUCGUUAAAAGUCUGGAAGAGUCGAAUGAUUCGAAAAAUGAAUCUGAGUAUAUCGAAGAUUCGAAUGAUCAUUCAACCGAGCCUGAAAAUGUAGAAACAACUGAUGUUCUGACACUAAAGAGUGAUAACCCUGAUGAAUUGAUUCAUUCUCCAGCUAAGGGUAAAAUCUCUGACAGAAACGUUGAUGAUUCUACAAGGGACAAGCAAAGUGUUGAACAGUCGAUCGAUUCUGUAGACAGUGCUGAAAAUUUGAAUGAAUUGAUUGGCUCUGCACUUGGUACUGAAGGUCUUAGAGUAUCGAUUGAUCUUGUAAUGGAGAAAUCUGAAACCCUUCAAGAGUCAUCUCACUCUCCCGAUGGUAGCGAUAGUAUUGUGGACCCUGAUUCUCGAACAGUCAAUGAAAAAGUUGAAGAUUCAACUGAUCCUGUACCUGAUAAUCAAAGUAUUACAACAGUAGCUGAUUCUCAGAUGAAAGUAACUGCUAUUGACGAGUUAAUUGAACAACCACAAGAUGAAGCGUCUGAUCAACAGAAAUUGGAAGACGUGCAACGGCUGGAAAAUGAACCACAUGGACAGUUAGAUGCUGAAAUUUCUGAUCUUCAGGAUUCUGAUCAACAGAAAUCAGAAGAUGUACGAUGCUUGGAAAAUGAACCAUGUGAACAGUUAGGCGCUAAAGUUUCUGAUCUUCAAGGUUCAAAAAACGCGCAACACCCAGAAAAUGAACCUUCCGAAGUAAUAGCAACUAAAGUUUCUGAUCACCAGGAAUCUGAGGAUUUGCUGGAGCGGGAAACUGAAUCUCACCAGCUUGAAAAAAGAAAUGCAAUUCCACAAAGUGGUUUAGAACCUGUUGAAUCACCUGUCAUAUUGCCAACAGAUUCUAAAGACCAUUUGGAAGAGAAAUCAGUUCAAGAAGGAGAGGAGCAGAAAUCCAAAGAACCCCAAACAGAAGAGCCAUCAGCAGAGCAGAUAGACGAAAAACAAUCCUUUGAAGAGCUUCCAGUGUCUCAAGGUAACAACGAAUUUGUUAGUUCUAGUAAUGAAGAUGAACUACUGAAGUCCAGUUCGGAUUCGGAGCAGGAUCAGAAUGUUCCGAGGAAAAAAAGGAAUGUGGAAGAAGAACUGCUAUCGAAGUCUCAGUCUGUUACAAUUGACAAUGUUGUUGAUGAAAGCACAGGGAUCGAACAUGAAGAUGUUUUAGAUGAAGAUGAAGAUUCUGGUAGCGCAAGGUCGUCUAAACCAACAGAAAAUCAAACAGAAUUUACUGAAUUUCAACCGAGAGAAAUUUCUACAGAAAAACUUGAUGCUUCAUCGACAAAACUGGCUCUCAGUUCUUGUACAGGAACCGUAGAUAUGGAAACUUAUUCUUCACAUCAGAAAGAUGAGAGACUUGUAUCUCAAACUACAGAUGCAAUUGUCAGAGAACAGGACACAAUAUCGGAAUCUGGUACAGAUGAUGAUAGAUGUCAAAAUGUUGAAUACGAUGCAAUAAACAACGAAUCGAAAGAAGAGAGUAAAAGUGCAGCUAAUGAAAUUUUAUAUUCGGAACCACAGCAAACAAUCAGAACUGCGGAUGUGCCACCUGUUGAAAAGGUUGCUGUGUAUCCUUUGGUGGAGUUACCUAAUGCUAUAGAUGAGAUUCAGCUUUCUAAAGAUUGCGACGCUGAAGAAGCAGUCGAGAAACAUUCUGCAAGUGGAUUGGAUGAGAGCAGUGCAUCUAAAAACGACGACUUGUACUUCAAAGAAAUAACGCCAGCAGCUAUCGUUGACUUAAACAUAUCAAAAUCUCCCGAAAGAAUAACUGUUGAAAGUAAGAAUGAUAAUAGAACAGAUACAUCGAUCCGAACAGGCAUCGUAGAUGAUUAUUGCAACGCGGUAGCGGAAAAUCCGAGUCCUUCCACAGAUCAAGAUUCGAAUGAAGCAAUGGUAAUUGACGACAGAGUGUUUGAUUCUAACGAAUCAUCAAAAGAUGUGUCUAACGAAGAUUCUACUUUAGACAAAGGAAAAGCGAUGGAUGAUAAAAAGAGGUCUUUUGAACAUAUCGCUGCUUCUAACGAACCUAGAAGUACCUCAGAUUCAAACCUAAUAGGAGAUCAUGAAACAUCUAGCAAAAAUAACACCGAUGAGACUCUUGAGCAGUUGAAUGAAAUAUCUCGAUUUAAUGUGGGGGUUGUGUGUAGCGAUUCUAAACAGGAAUCUGCUGUGUCUCCAUCUGUUGAAUUUCGAAAUGACAAUACAUCCCAAACUGAGAGUGAUGUGAUUUCAAAUCAGUUGGAAGAUCGAAAUAACGAGGCGAGUAAGUUAGCAUCAACCGAACUGGAACACGAAAUUGAAUCGGAAUCAACAAAAGAAAAUUUAGGUGGAGAAUUAAAGUGCGAAAGUAAUCCGCUUGGGAAAUAUACGGUAGAGUCAGAAUAUGGAGAAACUGAGGACAACGCCGAGAACUUGACACAGGAUGCAAGCACAGAUGAUCAAAAGUCUCUUGUAGCAAAUUAUGACAGCAGCGAUCGUGAAAGUGAUGAUGUUUUUGAAAACGAUCUCAUCGAAAGUAAAUCCAACAUAGAUGAGUCUGAAAGUAUGGAAAGCCAGGAAUUGUUACUAGACAGAGAAAAGCAGCAAGAUUCCUCUCCGCAGAUUGAUAGUUUCCAUGAAAAAGUUGGAGCAACUUCUGGAUUACCACCACAAUUGCGUGAAGAAGUGUCGGAUCACGCUAAAAGAGAUAUUUCCAGGUUACAAACUGAAAUUGCUGAAGAAAUGAUAACUGAAAGAACAGAUAAAGAUUGUUUAACAGAUGCGAAUGCAUACAAUGAUAACACAAAUUUCUCAGGUUCUAAUUUAGAUGAAACUGAAGAAGCGAAAACAUCAUGGGUAAAUAAGAAUUUACCGAAACAAGGUGCAGAAGAAAUAGCAGCAAAUGACAAUAAGGAGAGCAUGGACAGCAUGGCUGAAUCAAAGACUGAUGAUCUAAUUGAGCAAGCUAAUGAUACAGAAAACAUGACAGAAUCGAUAACAGAACACACAGAAGGAGCCAGAGAAAGUUUGGUACCUCUGGAAAGAGCGUUUGAUACGAAACCCCCCGAAGAAACUGAAUCAAAAUUUGCUGGCAAAACGAAAGACGAAGACAGUAAGAAAGAAUCUGAAAUGAAAUCAGUGGAAAUAAUAGACAAUACGAGCCAAGAGAAGAGUAUGAACGAAUCUGUUCUGUCCUUGACACAGCACCAAAUUCCGGGAACAGAAAAAGUUGGGGAAGAAAGUAUUUCAGAAUCAUUACGUGAUUCUGUUGAAGUCAAUGCAAAAGAUGAAAGGGAAACAAACACUUUGGAACAUAAUGAAAUUUUGAGUGUGAGUACGAUAUCAGAUUUACACAUAGUACAAGGACCCGUUGGUAAAAAUUUAGAAAAGGAAAUAUCGGAAAAGGGAAAACCUAUUGUUACAAAUAGUCUCGAUGACAGCAGCUCCGUGUUGUCCUCAUCCAUAGCGGCAAAACAUUUUUCAGAACCAGACACGGUAGACUUGAAUAACAGCGAUGAGGAGGAAGAUGAACAAUUCGAGGAAGAUUCUGGUAUUGUUCAUCAUCCGAAGAGGUUGAAACAAGAUUCGAGCAUAUCUAUGCUGGCCAACGAUGAAAGAGAUUUAAAUAUUAUAUCGUUACUGGCAAAGGAUUUGAAAAACAGAGAUGAGACUGCUGGAUCGGACUUGCUGAACCACAACAUCAGCUAUGCUGAAUCAAAAAAAUUGGAGGGUUCCGAAUAUGCUGAGAGUUUAGAAUCUUCUUUACUCGACGACAAGAGGAUCGCGAUAUUGAAGUCCAAUGAAAUCACUCUGCCACACGAUGCAGCAAAGGAUACACCCGCCUUCAUAGCAGAAAAAAUGGAAGCAAACAGAUGCAGUUCUGACUUUGUUGCGGAAAUUGUCGAGGAGAAGAUUUUAGACCUCGGAAAGGUCGAGUUUGAGAAAGAAACGAAUGACAAAUUGGGAGAUUUUUCGAAGGAGAAACAAUUCAAUACCGAAUUGGUAACAAAGUUGAAUUCUUCCGUGAACGAAAUCGCCGACGACUCGGCGAAACUGAUUACCUCGCAAAAGAAAAGCCUGAACGAAAACAUGACGUCGUUGGCAGAUGAGACUAGUAAACCUGAAGCUGAUACAACCACGGAUAAUUUAUUGACGAACAAGAUUCGCGACACGGGUAAAGAAACCAAAGGAGACUCGGAAGUCCAAAGUGUCAAUCUCAAAGUCAUAACUAUAGAAUCGGACGAUUCGAUGGGCGCUGAUAACGAGGAUCCGUUCAGCAAUUCUCAGAUCGAACUGGACCCCCUAGCUUGUAUGGACGAAGACACGCAAUCAAAAUCCGAGGACACUAAUGUCGCGUCGUUGGGAAUUCGUGUCAAGCCUGUGUCGGAGCUGGUAUACGAAGGGUGGAAAUUGGACGGUGCUGAGACGCCCAAGAUUUCUAGAAAACGACGCAACAGUCACCACGAAUCAAACUCCGAGGAUAUAGCAGUAAAAGACGACGACGAUGAGAGCGAAGGGACUGGCGGCAAAAGGAUGAGAUUACGCGGAAAGCGUCUUCCUAAUAUUAAUCUGCGCAGGACGGUCGAAGAGAAACGUGGGGAAGCUGAUAGUUCAGACGACGAAAAUCACAAAAAGCUCAGUAGUAUUGAAAAGGAUGACUCUAAAACAGGCGACGACGUUAUCGUCGUAGAAAAUUCUUCUAAUGACAAGAAAACCCGUGGCAGACCCAGAGGGAAGAGGAAGUUGCGACGGGCAAUUUGCCGUUCUGGGCGAGCGGCUCCUGCUUCAGAUACCAAUCAGUCGGCAGCUCCCGAAUUGUCUGCGACUACGGAUCCACAAACUCCGGUUCUUAGCAGCCCGGCAGUCAGCAGCGACACACCACAGAAAAAAAGAAAGAAAAGAAAAAUGGUGCUAGGUUUGGAGAUUGGAAGAGACAUAAUAGACACCUCGCAGUCUGGGGCCUUGCUGAAUGAAAAUCCCGUCAGACAAUCGAGGCGAAUAGCGCAGCUUAAAAUUAAGGAGGAGGCUGACAGAAGGCGAAUAGAAGAAGAAACGUUGUGCGAACUGAAAGAGAAGAAGGAUCGAGACUCGGUUAACCAGAAAAAAAGAAAAAAGCAAAAGCCUGAGAGUGAGGAAGAAGUUUCGUUUAAAGAGAUCGUCGAGAGAGAAACAAAGCCUAAGAAAAAGCAUAAGACGAAAAUAAAGAAGAAGAAAACUGAGUCAAAAUUUGAUGAAACGAAUCCUUGGCGCAGUUCGUCUGGUUCUAGCACCGAAGACGAAGACGAUCACGAUGAGGACGACGAUGAGGAGGAAGAAGCAGAAAGCGAGGGCUCUGUACUUUUUAAAAGUGAUCACGAAUUUUCACCCGAAAGCGAUCUCGAAAAAGACGAAGAAUCGGAACCAUUGAGAAGAGCUAGAACGGCCCAGAAAGCCCAAAGUGACGACGAAGAAGCAGACGAUGAAUAUGCGUGUCAAAAAUGUGGCAAAGCUGAUCACCCUGAGUGGAUUUUAUUGUGCGAUACAUGUGACAAGGGCUGGCACUGUUCCUGUCUGAGACCAGCUCUUAUGCUCAUACCAGAGGGCGAUUGGUUCUGUCCUCCGUGUCAACACAAUUUACUGGUGCUUAAACUGCAAGAGAACUUGAAGAAAUAUGAUAAGUACACGAAGAGACACGAGAACGAGUUGUUGCGAAAGAAGAGACUGGCCUAUGUUGGCAUCAGUUUGGACAAUGUUCUGCACAGAAACGAGACCCAGAAAUCAUCCAGAGCAUCAAGCCAAGAGUCUGAUAAUGAAUCCUCAUCCUCAGCUUCGUCGUCGAGCUCCGGGAGCUCGAGUAGUGAAGACAGCCAACCUGUUUACCAACUCCGAGAACGACGUUGUGCAAAUACUUACAAGUUUAAUGAGUACGAUGAGAUGAUAAAUGCUGCAAUUCAAGAUGAGGUAGAAGCUGUUCGAGGAGCUGGAAAUCAGGGUAGAGGAAAAGAUAUAGCUACUAUUGUAAAUGCUGAAAAAGAAGAGGCGCAAGCUGAGGCUUUUAAGAAGAAUCAACUAGAAGGAGAUGAGGAUGAGACGGACGACAGAAAGCUUGAAAAAGAAAGUGAUGAGGAUUAUAAAGCCGAAAGAGAUGAAGAUUUAGAUGACGACGACGAUGAGGACGAUAAGCCAAAAGUAUCGGCGAGGAAGAUACUUUCUAGAAAAAAGCAUCGUAAGCUGAACAGCUUGGACACCAGCAGUGAGGAUGAUCCGGAAAGUGACGAGGACUUCAAAGGUUCAGUUUCAGACGAGGAAGAUGAUCUUGAUGAUCAGGGAUCGUCUUCUGAUGAAAGUAGCUUCGCUGAUGCUAGGAGGCAACGGGGUCGAAGAGGUGGAGCUCCUGUUAGGCGGUCGACAAGAGCUAGAAUGACUCGAUACGACGAAGAUUUUAUAAACGACGAUAGCGAAGAUAGUGAUAAACCUAAAAAAAAGAAGUCACGGUCUAUAUGGGAGGAGUCGGAAAGUGAAGAAAGCGAUAAUUCUUGGAGACAAAGAAAGAAACGCAGGAGUAAAACGACGCCAAUACCGAAAUCGAGGUCGUCAAACAAAUCGAAACCUAAAAAAAAGAGUAAGAAGAAGCGCAUCAUCGAAUCUGACAACCAAAGUGAAAAUGAUGAAGAAAACAAACCUGGCACACAUAUUAAUGAGUCUGACGGAGCAGAGGAGAUCCAGUCGGUUCUAGAUCAAGAACAAGUAAGUGAAAACGAGGAGAAGAGGAUUUUGUGCGAUCAGGAUGGCGUUAAAACUGAAGAAAAAAUCGAGGGAAAUCAGGAGAAUGAACAAAAAGAUGGUAUUCCUAUGGUUUUGAUGGAUGCUGAGAAACUUGCCAAGAAAAAAAAGGAAAGUAUACCUAAACGGAAGAAGACUCCACCCAUAAGACGAAAGAUCAUUUAUGGUGGACUUUCGGAUAGUUAUCCAAAACAGGAAGAAGAAACACUAGGCAGACGAACACGGGGCAAGAAAAUUAAUUACCAAGAAGAUAUGGCGUCUGAUAGUGAAGAGAAUACGUUGGUGAAUGCAAAACAGCAUUUAGAAAUGAUGACAAGAUUUGAUAAAAUGUAUACGACACAAUCAACAGCACUGCAAAUAAUGUGCAGAGGAAAAAUCGAUGAUAUUAGAUUGACAUAUUACCAGUCAAUGGAAGAAUUUUUUGUAGAGUUUGAAAAAUUAACAAAUGAAUUUCAAGCAGCUGGAGGAAAGAUAGACGAAUCAGAAAAAAUGAGAUAUUUGAUCAAAGCUUUGCCAGAAGAGCAAAGAACCGUUGAUUACUUGAAGUUCAAAAUAAAGGAGAAGAAUUUGAAUUCGAACGACAAAAACAAUAAAAGCAAUGUCAGCACAUUUGGUGCAAAAACACAAGAUAAGUGCUACAACUGUGGUAUACCAGGUCAUCACAAGAAAGACUGUAAAAAGGGACAACACAACAACAGAGGCAGGGGUACUCAAGUCAAUCAAGGACAGCGAAGUCAUCAGCGAGGCUAUUACAGAGGUGGAAAUCACCGAGGUCGAGGCAGAGGACAAAGUCAAUCCAGAGAAGACUAUUCCAGCAAUCAACAAGGCAACUACUCAUCGGAGACUUGGUCAACAGAGGAAUUAAAAAAGGCUUUGAAAAAAACUGAAGAGAGCGAGGAUGAGUUUGUCAAUGAAGUCGAGGAGUUGAACGAGGAAGCUGAGAAGGAUUCAGACUCAGGUGAUAUAUACUCUCCGAAAAAAGAAGCUCCAAAGAUAAAGGGAAAAUCACCGAAGGGUAAGAAACCGAGAAAAAGUAAAAGUCCCGCGGCAACGAAAAUGAACCCAGCAAACGAGCAUGAUGCCACUCCAAAAGCCAAAAGAAAGCCGGGUCCAAAACCCGGGAGUAAAAACAAGCCGAAGUCACAGAAAAUGAUGACCCUGCCGUUCAACAAUCCAAGAAGCGGAGGCGAGGAGGGCGACGUCACCGAGGAAGGGUCGCUGGCAGGUCUUGGUACCGAGGAAUUCGCUGAGCUGGACGAGGAGCAGCUAGAUCAAAUGAUGAUGAUGGAAGACGAGGAAUACGGUAAACGGCAGCUGGAGCUGGCUGCGAUAGAGAUCGCGAAAAAGAAGAAGGAGGAGCGGGAGGCGAAGAAGCUGGAAAAAGCCCGUUUAAAGGCCUUGGAGAUACUGGCGGCUGAAAGACAGAGGGAUCCGAAUGCCCCAGAAGGCACAGACGGCGAAGCGCCGAAAAAGAAGAAACGUGGACGACGCAGUAAGGCUGAGAUUCUCGCCGAACAAAUGAGGAGAGACGGGGCGCCAAACUUGUCCAUUGAAUCAACGUCUCCAAACGUGACUGCCAUUCUUUCACCCAGCGUGGCGCUGACCCCAACGACCAGCGUGACUCCGAUCUCCUCGCCUAGUGUCACGACUCCAAAUCUGGCUCCGAAUAUGUCGUCUUUUUUGAGCCCUAAUCCCGGCAUGAAUUUGGCUCCUAAUCUAACCCCGACAUUGGUCGCUAAUAUGAGUCCCAUCGCAACACCGGAGGCGCAAAAGAUUCCCGAAAAUCUUUGUCCUGUAGUCAUCGGACCGGAUACUCAUGCUUUCAGUCCCGAAGGUAUGCUCGUAAAGCCGAAACGUCGGGGCCGCGGAAAGGGGAAAAAAACUCUUGCUCUGGAGGCCGCGAGAGCGGCAGAAGCUGCGGCGAAGGGCAUCGAUCACAUAUCGGGUUUCGGGACGGAUUCCAACCCCGAAAUGAAGUCCGACGAUCCCAAUAUCCUGCCGACUCCUGGUAGCAGCACGUCCGGUUCCGCGCCCUCGACACCGCCGGCGAGCAUCACGGUUGUUCAGCAAGGGACGCCUUCGAGUCAAAAUCAGGCGCCGCCGCCAAACGUCAGUAUUCAAUCCAGCCAGAGUUACCCAUCGAUGUCACCCGUUCAGCAGCAGCAAUCACAGCAGCCGCAGUCCUCGGUGAUAACUAGGAUGCUUCAGUCGCAGCCGGUAUCGGCUAGUCCCCAGUCAUUUGCAGCGGCGGCCGCUGCUAUGGGUCACAAGUACUUUGGUACCUCGAACACAGCUGGAAAUAUAAUGGGCGUUCCCCGAGCUGGUUUCGACAUCCAACCACGUGGCAGGAUCACACUGCCUUACGGGCAACCUGGCCAGUCUCCGAUGCCUCCACACUUUGCCGCUGUCAGGUCAGGCACGCCGCCGAUGAGGAUGCGAGUUCCCGGUCCACAGAUGUACCACACACCUCAUCACCCAAUGGACCCUUCGCCUUCUGGCGGAGGGCCGAUUUCCAUCAGCAGCAGCAGGGACCGAAGUUCGCCACUGGGAUCAGGAUCAGGUUCGGCGAUGAUUCCUCCAGCAGCUGGGAGUCCAUUGACCAAGGGCGGACCUACACCUCCACCUCCGCCGCCCUACGCUAGGGGCGUACCGCCGAUGGGAAGAUUCCCUGAGGGUUCCCCAAUGGGCGGACCGAGGCACCAGAUGCCGCCGUUCGCCAAUGCCACUGCAACUAAUCACGGUAUGCAGCAACCUUCACCACCGCCCAAUCGCGCGACAGGGAAUUUCUCACCCUAUCAUCCACCGCCUCCUCCAACUUAUCAUUACGGUGCUUAUCCUCCGCCACCACCCAUGACUACGGCUGACGACGCGGCAGCUUAUCAGGGCUCCCCGUAUCCUACGGAACAUUUUUCUACGCCUGCUGAAAAUCCUGCACCUAUACAACCACCCCCUCCUCCUCAAGCACAGGCACCGCCGCACACUCAUACGCAUCCACCUCAUACGACACAUCCUCAUACUCACUCUCAUCCUCACCCUCAUGCCGGCGAAACCGGCGGACCUGGUGGUAAUAAACAGUUUGACGAAGAGGGUAGCGGGGAAUUUGGAGGUUUGGUGUCUUACUUUAGUAGCCAGAGAGAGGACGAUCUCGACUCGUAGCACGAGUGAAUACUUGGCCGAUCCUGAAUCGUUAUCAGCGGUAACGUUAUUGGUUUUCGCACGCUUUGCCGAUGACGAUGAGCGUUCGAUAUAAGUAACAGGGUGACAGGGCAUGGGUCACGCGUUGUUUCAGUAAUUAUUUACAUUUGAAGAAUAAAAUAUUCUUUUGCUACGUUGCCUCAAAAGGCAAAAGUGAUUUGUUCCUUGUUUUGUUUUUAUCUGAUUAUUUUCCUGGUUAAUUCUAUACAGAGUGUAGCCAUGCGUAGAAAGAUAAUAACUGAAAAUAAAAACCAAUGAUCAACAUUGAAGUAAAAACGUAUUUUAAGAACUUGUGUAAUUCUGAGGCAACAAUGUUAUUAAUAUUUGAAACUCGUGCGUAACGCAUGUAUCGAUUGAAGUGCUUGAUGAAAGAGAAACGAAUACAAUCCUAUGGGUGAGGCUAAGGUUUAAGAAGUUAUUCGAAUUCUAGGGAAAAGCAAACAAACGGUGCUUGUUAAUAGCUUAAUGAAUCCAUUCGCGAAUUCUCGGAUAAAGCGAAACAGAGAAAAAGGGGGAGAAAAAGAGGGAGAAAUAAAAGUUAAAUUUAUUGAACAGGGAAAGUGCAGAUUUUUUUUAUAGAUGACGUGAUUUAGCAGCUGACGAUGGGAAAUAGAUCUGACGUGAAGAACUUUCUAUCUGUAUGAAAUGCUUAGAGGAGAAAAAAAUAAAUAAAAAUGAAAUAUUAAUGAAAGGAAUUUAAUAAAGAAAAGAGAAAAAGAAAAAAAAUCAAGAAUUUAAAUACAUAUAGAGUUUGCCCUCUACCCCCGUUGUAGAAGGAUGAUAUAUAUCUUUUACAGAUGAAACACAAUUUAUUUAUAAAAAAAGACGAAGAAGAGAAAGAAAUGAAAAUAAUUUUAUUGUCGCGAGAACCAGUUUAUUAUUAUUAAAAAAAUGAUAUGAUAUAAAAAUAAAUAAUUAAUAAAAUGAAAUAAAUAAAUAUAACCGGCUAAUAGGUCCGUUAUUUAUCCGUUAUAAUGUAUAUAUGUAAAUACGGCGAGUCUUUAGAUUAUUAUAUUAUAUGUACAUGUACUAUAGUACAUAGUCAGGCAAAGGAACGAAAAAGAAAAUCAUAAACCAUAAGUGCAGAGGGGCACAAAUGUAAUAUUUAAACUGAAAAAUCGAAAUGAGAGAUAAAAAUUUGAGAAGAAAUUAAAUAGAACAUUACGAAAACAAAAAGAGGAUACAUGAAAAACCCGGACAAUUUGAACGAAAUAAUAUCCGAUUGAUAAUAAAUUAACAAAUGGUGUGAAGACUACUAUUAUUAUAAUUAUUUAUAAACGAAUUAAGAUUCUAUGAUAGGGCAGUAUAUUGUAUUUUACAAGAUUUUACUUGAUAAUUAUUAUGAGAGGAUGAAAAAAAGAAAUAAUAAUAAUAUUAACUAUAAUUAUAAUAAUUAAUUAUGUCAUUAGUGGGAUUUAUGCAGCAGAAAUCAUGUAUCUGUUUAGUUAUCACAAGUACACGCAUACCUACCUAACUAUGAAUAGAAGUUAUAUAUAUAAAGAUAAAUGAAAGAUAUUACAUUAUUAUACAUUAUAGAGUUAGCUGCUUGGAAUAGUUUUCCUUUACUUCUAACGUUAACAAUUCACAAAAAAGGAUUUAAACAAAGCACGGAAAAAUAAAAAAAACAGAAAAAUUUGGCGAUGUGACGAUAUAAUCAAAUGUAUGAUUGCCAAUAAUUUUAUUAUUUUUACACGCAUCAGACGAUACCUUCAUCUUAGUUCAUUAUUACAAACAUAUAAUCUGUUUUUCUUUAACGCCAAUAGCAAAUCUUCAAUUCGUCACCAUACAUAAAUACAUACAUAGAGGUAACAGGCAGUUCACCUCUGGAAUACAUUUCAAGGAUAAUUUUAACAUAUUUUUUUUCUUUUCCAGUGUCUCGAAGUUGACAUUGGUUUCGUAACGUUGACUUUUCAUCUUACACAAAUUGGUAUUUCAAUUGAGAAGCGUGCAUUGAAUUGACACAGGUCAAGAAGCAUCCUUUUAAUGAACCGUAUCAACAAUUUUAAUCCUUCGUUGAUCAGAUGCUCCAUUCUUUAAAUUCACUUCAAUGUUAACCCGCUUCUUUGGGAUUUAGGUUACAAUAACGUAAAAUACAACCAUAAAAUUUAUAUCAAAUGCGAAGAAAAAAAUAUCUUCUUGAAGUGUAUUCUGUAAGGACAAAAGGCUAAUUAAGAGACUUGCUAAGAUGUUUUUGUUUUGGUAUGGGUCUAAACCAAACAUCAUUAUAUUACAUGUGUAGACUAAAUACAAAACAUUUUGUAAUAAAACUCAAUAUAUUAAAAUAAAGUAUAUAAUGUUCACUUUC